AUGGCACUUUGGGAUAUACCGACAAGAGGCCUUAUAGCCCACAAGAUGUCCAUUUCACCAGCCAUGUUCGCUCGAGCAGCAACUCGACCUGAACACUGUACAAAAGACACAUGUCCGGCUUCAUAUUCGAUCUAUGGAUACGCACCGAAUCUCGGCGCUAAUGCCUUCUUUGUCGCCAUCUUCGCCAUCAGUUGCUUGACCUUCUGCUACCAAGCACGAUUAUAUCGCAAAUGGCUCGGCUUCUCCAUCGCCAUGAUCCUAGGCACAGCACUUGAAAGUGUUGGCUAUGGCUCUCGCCUAAUGCUCUCUGCCGACCCUUUCUCCGCUACAGGCUUCAAACUAAACAUCGUCCUCCUGACCUUCGCGCCCGCCUUCCUAACAGCAGGCAUUUACCUCCUCCUCAAACAUCUGACCCUUUCCCUAAACCCACGCCUCUCACCCUUGAAACCAUCCCUCUACACACCCAUCUUCGUCUCCUGCGAUCUAGCAGCCAUAAUCCUCCAAGGAGCCGGCGGCGCAAUCUCCGCCGCCGCAGCAAACGGCACGAACAAGAAACUCCUAGAUCUAGGCGUCAAUGUCAUGAUCGCCGGUCUUUCCAGCCAAGUGGUUACUCUGGCGAUUUUUGCAAUACUCGCUGGUGUGUUUUUCUUCCGCAUAGCAGGUGCUAGAGAUACAUUGGAACCUCAUGCCGGUCAUCUCUGGCAAGCGAGUGGAUUCCGCAUGUUUGUCAUUUCUGCAAUCUUGGCAUUCGUGUUUAUUUUUGUACGAUGUGCUUAUCGGAUUGCCGAGUUGAAGGAUGGAUGGGGUUCUCCCAUCAUGCGAAGGGAAAACGAAUUCAUCAUUUUGGAUUCCGUUAUGAUUUCUGUCGCGGCGGUGUUGCUUAAUAUCUUCCAUCCUGGUAGAUGUUUUAGGCAGAAUCUCAAUGAGACGGCUGUGGAUCUUUCGACUCUCGAUCAGAAGGAUGGGGAUGAGGAGAGUAUACAAGUUUAUGCGCUGUCCAAAGCACAUGCUUGAGUGGAUGGCACCGACAGACCUGACACAGAGAAAGAAGAAUCGAUGUAACCUGUAGAAAAACCCCCAGCGACAGGAACCAGCCAUAUAGCGAGGCGUUUACGGUGUAGAAAGAUUCAGG